AUAGCAAGCAGGCAUGACGCCCUCGUGACUCAUACCUCAGCCUCGGGGACUUUGGCAGGCUCACCGGCGUGGAAUCGCGGCGCUUUUUCGUGUUGCACUUUCGGAGUUGUCUUGUACACUCGCAUCUCCUGUAGAAAUAUGCCACUGAUAACCUUUCGCAAAAUAUAAUAUGUGUGUGUAGCAGAAUGGGCAUGAACUGAAACUACGUCACCAGACAAUGUCAUGACAGUUCCACUUCGUGCGGCGAGGGAGACUUGCUUUUGCUUUAAGACUUCAGUCUGAUUGCCGUUUCGCCCACCGUGAAAGUGAGCCGUUCCUCAGCUCGACUGCACCUUCCAGUGGCUUUGUGCCGGGUGACAGCCUUGGGUGACCCCUCCCCGUCACAGCUGCAGCUCCGCUUCCCGUUUCUGGCUGUCGCACUUGGACACCUCACUCUAAACGGAGAACGACUCAGCGUCUGCCCUGGCGGCGGCGGCGGCGGCAUGCAGCCAGGCUCAACGCUUAGGGUCUAAGCUCACUCAGGCGCAAGGCUUCUAGCGGCCCUUGCUUGCCAGUUGCUGCCUGCUGCUGUGCGCACAUUGCGUUGGCUCGACAUGUCUCUGGCCGCCCCAUCUGCCACCACAGCUGGCGGCGGCGUGGUGAAGAAAAAGCAAGUGCGCUUCGCGAGGACGGAGGAAGAUGACGAGCAGCAGGAUCAAGGGGAAGAGGAGGAGGAGGAAGAGGACACGCUCUUUGACAAGUGGAGAGAUGGCAGAAAGAAAGCGCUCCAGAAAGCCGCGAAAGGCUUCGGCGAUUCCGGCCCCAGCAGUGCGACAGUAAUCCGGAGGGGUGGCAGCUCUACGGCUAGCAAAUGGCCUACGACCUUGGCGCUGUGCGCCUCCUUCCUAGGGCUGGGCAUGAGCAUUGCAGUAUUGGGACCAACAUUUGAAGAUUUGGCUAUUAAUGUGAAAAAAAAUAUCAGCAACAUUUCCUACAUCUUUGUCGGUAGAUCCAUGGGCUACAUUGGUGGAUCUGUGGUGGGUGGAGUCCUGUUUGACUGUGUAAACCACCAUCUUCUGCUGGGAUUCGCAAUGCUAAUUACAGCCUUUGGAUUAUUUGCUAUUCCUUUUUGUAAAAAAGCACUGCUCUUGACAGUUUUAAUGUCAAUCAUUGGAAUUACUAUGGGCUUUUUGGAUACAGGUGGAAAUGUUCUUACUCUGAACACUUGGGGAGAACAGGCAGGACCACAUAUGCAAGCUUUGCACUUCAGCUUUGCCCUAGGAGCUUUUGUUUCUCCAAUCCUUGCCAAAUUACUCCUGGGUAACAUGCCCGCCAUGAGUUCCACUUUAGGCACAAAUAUGAGUGUGGAAGUCAGAGAGACGCCAAAGUCUGUCACAAACCCCCAGCUGCAUCAGACUGUAAAAUUUAUAACUGUAAACAACAGUAAGGCUGCUUAUUUGAAGUCCAUGUGGGCCUAUAUCGUCAUUGGCACUUUUAUUCUGCUAGUAUCUCUGAUUUUUUUCCUGCUGUACUCUAGAAGUAGUCCAUCUCGAGAGAAAACAAAAGCCUCUGCAGAAAAACCAUUGGUGGCCAAGCAUCAUAAUGCUCUCAUUGGGUUGCUAUUUUUAUUUUUCUUUUGGUAUGUUGGAGCAGAGGUUUCUUAUGGCUCUUACAUUUUCACAUAUACUAAAGACUUUGCUGGUAUGGAUGAGAGCAGGGCAGCUGGUCUUAAUUCCCUUUUUUGGGGUACUUUUGCAGCUGCCCGUGGCCUGGCUAUUUUUUUUGCCGCAUGUCUACACCCAGGCACCAUGAUUCUUCUCAGCUUGGUGGGUUGCACAGUCUCAUCAUUGUUACUCACACUUUACUGCCAUAACUCUGUAGUCUUGUGGAUAUUCACGGCUAUCUAUGGUGCCUCGAUGGCCACAACUUUCCCAAGUGGAAUUUCAUGGGUAGAGCAGUAUACCACCGUAACAGGGCGUUCUGCUGCAGUAUUUGUGGUUGGGGCUGCCUUGGGUGAAAUGGUGAUUCCAGCAGUAGUGGGAUACCUAAUGGGGAUACUGCAAGAUUACCCAUUGCUCAUGUACACAGCUCUGGGAACAUCUGCCAUGACUGCCAUCAUUUUUCCAGUGAUGUAUAAGUUAGCAUCUGCUUCAGGUGCUGAUGGAAGAAAAUCGAGGGAUGGCAAUAAUUUGAGGGAAGACAGUGAGGAUCGCAAAGCCCUGUUGUCAUCAGACUCUGCUUUCAAUGGCGAUUAUGAAGAGGAAGAUGAGGCUGAACAGUGGAAUGACGCUGAUUUUGAAGUCAUUGAAAUGAAUGAAGCUGGCCUCAUUAACUCUCUGCAUGAGUCGGGUCCUGCUCCUGUCACGUCUGAUUCACCCUUGAGUUUGGAUGGCAGCUCUGCUGUGGAUGCCAACGUGGAUGUCACAGAACAUACUGCAGACACUAGCACACUAUCACAGUCCCCAGGUUUUUCCAGUAGUUCACCCAGAAAGAAAACACUUUCCAGUCUUAACAGGGAAAAAAAUGACUAAAUGCUUUAUUGAUAAGUGGCUGUAAGUAACAGUCGUCAAAAAAAUAAGAUUACACCACCAUGUUAUUGCACUUCUGUAUACAAAUAAUCACAAGUUAUUACCCACAAUCAAUCAAGUUCACUGUCAGGCAGUCCAAAGAACAUGGGUGUAGGUAAAGGGCCAGAGGUGAUUGGGACAUGUAAACAAAUUGUAAUUAUUGGGCUUUCAGAGGAGAUUUGUUUUAAAUCAUUAAGUAAAAUAGUUUGUCUUGUUAUAAACUGUUGAAGUAUUUAAGAUAGAAUGCUGUCUGUGUGGUAAAAUGUGAAAAAUUCACCAUGCUGUAUACUGAAAAGGGGCUUGCAGCAAGAACUGAUUUUUUUUUUCUUGUUUGAAAAUUCCAGUCAUGGACAGGGGUGUUUUUUAGUUUUUCUUCAGUACCAAUCAGAAGUUUAUUCUGUCCAGUGCUGACUUAAACUUGUUGGUUGCAGUGCACAGUAUUAUACUGCUAAUAUGGCACUGUGAACAGCAGGGCAGUAAUCGCCUUGAAUGGUUGAGUAGUAUUUGUGUAAUGUGCAGCUAAAACUAAACUUGGACUAAAUUAAGAAAGUUGACAGCAGGGGUCACUCAUCUAAAGAAAACAGCAGUGGACAAAUGGAGUCUCACACAAUAAGAGACUUUUGUAUUUUGGUGUUCCCCUCCCAAGUAAAGAUAAUGUCCGUAUGAUAAGGUGUAGGGGAAGAUAUCUCAGCUGACCUCACUGUAAGCCAAAAAUGCAUUCAUGGCCUUUAGCUUAAUUUUCUACAUUUGGAGUGAAACCUUUAAGAAUGAUAAUUAGUACCUACAGCAAGUAAAUCAAUUUGAUUCUCCCCUUAAUGUGUAUAUUAUGAGUUCAGAAUUGUAACUAAAAGUUAAAGCAACUAUAAGUUUGCUAGUCUGUUUUUUUUUUUUGGUCCUAAACUGGUCACCAUCUUAACCAGUAUAAACUAGCAGUUAGUAGAUGGAGUCAGAAAAACUACUGAUGUAUUUUUUUGUUGGCUAUCAAAAUAAAAAUGUACUUUUUCAUUUUAA